UUCAUUCAAGAAAUAACGGCAUCAAUGACAACUCCAGAAUGUCUUCAGCCAUCGUCAGCUACUACUGUAGCUCUACCAGUCAUCUACUCUCUCCUAUUUCCUGCUGGAAUUUUGGGAAAUAUUCUCGCUGCUUGGAUAUUUUCAAGGCAAGCAUUCACAAAAAGAGCACAAUACAUUUACCUGGUAAACCUUGUCACUGCAAAUUUACUCGUAUGUAGCACUAUGCCUUUUCUGGCUGUGUAUUUUGCCAUAGGGUACCAAUGGACCUAUAACUCUCUACCUUGUAGGAUAGCAAAUCAUUUUGUGACUCUCAUUGUACAUGUCAGCAUGUAUGUUACUAUUAUGAUUUUAUGUUUAACUGCUCUAAGUCAGUAUGGAACACUGAACAAACACUGUGGCGCACAAUACUGUCAAGCAGUUAAUAAAAACUUUCGCAGAUGUGUACUUGAAAAGUUUUGUCAGCCAAAAUUUGCUAAAUAUUUGUGCAUUACUAUAUGGCUUGCUGUGCUCUGCAUAACAGUAAUAGCUAUAGCAUAUAAAGUCCACGCAAAGACUAUGGAAGAAUCGAAGAAAUGCUACAGCGUCAGUGUAGAAGUUGGUGACUCUGCUGCAAUGAUGUCAGGUUUUCUUGCCACUGCAUGCUUUUUUGUAUCUUUUACAAUAGUUUUGUGGUCAUACUACUCUCUUACCAGACAGCUGAGUAAAAUACAAAAAAAUACCUGUAUUGCAGAAAAACAUCUAAUUUACAAAACAGUAAAAAGAAACAUUCUUGUCAUCCAGAUGAUAUUAAUUGCCUCCUUUCUUCCAUACCAUAUUUUUAAGCCACUGUUUUAUGCACUGCUUAAUGGUGACUGCCUAAGGCUAAACUAUCUGGUGGAAAUUAAAAAUUUCCUUAUUUGUACUGCUGCUGCCAAGAGUAGUUUAGAUCCAGUUAUAAUCUUUCUGCUAGAUACAACAUUUAAGAAAAGUCUGUAUGGCCUGUUUACAAAAUCCACACCAGAACAUGACAAAUGUAAAGCUGAUAUUUUCAUUGAAAAGACAACUGAAAUGUGA